AUGCAGUUAAAUCCAGUUGAUGCCUGGUGUUCCCCAAAGCUUCUGGACCCAGUCCUGGUCAAUGUUUUUAUCACUGAUCUGGAAGUGGGUAUUGAGUGCACCCUCAAUCAGUUUACAGAUGACACCAAGUUGGGUGGGAGUACCCUUCACUAUCAGAAUGAUGCUGAACUAUUGAAGCACUUGCAGAGCAGAGCAAUGAAGCUGGUGAAGGAUCUGGAGAACAAGAUUUAUGAGGAGCAGCUGAGGGAACGGCUCCGCUACGCCAUCCCCGAGGAGCUGCCCACAGGCUCGCUCGUGGGGCCGCUGGCACGGGACCUGGGGCUCAGCCCGGACGAGCUGCCGGCGCGCAAGCUGCGGCUCAGCGAGGAGAAGCAAUACUUCACCGUGAACGAGGAGAACGGGAACCUGUACGUGAGCGAGAGGUUGGACCGAGAGAAGCUUUGCGGCAAAUCGGCAUCCUGCUCUGUCAGCUUCGAGGCGCUGGUGCACAACCCGCUCAAUGUUUUCCACGUCGAAGUGGCCAUUGAGGACGUGAAUGACAACUCCCCAACCUUUGGUAAGGCUGUUCUGGACCUCGAGAUAGGUGAAUGGACACUUCCAGGUGCUCGUUUUCCUCUGGAAAUGGCCCAAGACGCAGAUGCGGGCAGCAACUCGCUGCUUAAUUACCAGAUAAGCAGCAACCCGUCCUUCAGUCUGGCCGUAAAGGAAAGGCCAGGUGGAAAGAAGCAGCCUGAAUUAGUGCUGGAGAAAAUGUUGGACCGGGAGAAGCAGAGUUCCUUUGAGCUGGUGCUGACGUCAGUGGAUGAUGGGGAUCCCGCGAGAUCCGGGACUGUUCAGGUUCGUGUCAACGUGACGGAUGCCAAUGACAACCCACCUGUGUUCAGCAAAGCAGUGUACCAGGCGCGAGUGGCGGAGAAUCUGCCAGCGGGGUCGCUGGUGCUGAAGGUGCGGGCCACGGAUGCGGACGCGGGAUCCAAUGGGCGGGUCUCCUACUCCUUCGGCACUGUACCGGACGGAAUCCGUGAGUUGUUCUCUAUUGACAGCGAGAAUGGCGAGAUCAGGACGGCGGGUCCCCUCGAUUUCGAGGAGAAAAGUGAAUACAGCUUCGGCCUUGAGGCGAAAGACGGAGGUGGGCUCACCGAUCACUGUGAAGUGCAGAUAGACAUCACGGACGAGAACGACAACGCUCCGGAAAUCACCAUUCUUUCACUGUCGAGCCCUGUUUCGGAGGACGCGCCAGCCGGCACCGUGGUAGCCCUGUUGAAAGUUCGUGACCGGGACACUGGCGAGAACGGUGAGGUGUCGUGCGAGCUGUCGGGAGAGGCGCCGCUGUCGAUCGUGGCGUCGUCGGGCGGCUCGUACAAGGUGGUGACGGCGAGCGCGCUGGACCGCGAGCAGGCGUCCGAGCACCGCGUGACGGUGGUGGGCACCUUGCCCUACUCCUACAACCUGUGCGUGGCCGCGCCGGCCCGCGCCGCCGCCGAGGCCGCUUGGCCGCCGCCGCCGCUGCCCAUCCUGCCCGCCGAGGAGCUUCUGGCCGGGGAGCCCUGCGGGAAGCCGAGCCCGAGCAGCAGCGCCGUCGCGGGAGAGCCGCCCACAGACCCCGGCGCACCGCAGAGCAGAGAUACAGCGAGGUGGAGGGGCUGGAGCAGCGGCAAGUCGGAGCCGGAGUGUGAGCCCAGUCGGCGAUUGGUGGCGGGGAUCUGCCGGUGGUCUUUCGGUGCCGGCGGUGCGGCGGCGGAGAUGUGCUCGGCGGGGAGGCGCUGGGGCCGGCGGCAGCGAGUCCUGCUCUGGGGCGUCCUGCUGGCGGCCUGGGAGGCGGCGUGGGGGCAGCUGCGCUACUCGGUGCCCGAGGAGAUGCCCAAGGGCUCGUUCGUGGGCGACGUGGCCAACGACCUGGGGCUGCAGACGCCGGCGCUCAGCGAUCGGGGCGUUCGCCUCUUGGACAAAGGUAGGACGCAGUAUUUUACUCUGCACAGGAAGACGGGACAUUUAAUGACGGCCGAGAGGAUCGACAGAGAGCAGCUGUGCCGGCAGGUGGAGAAAUGCGUGCUGCGCUGUGAGCUGAUAGUCGAGGGGGAAAUGAAGGUUUACGGAAUUGAAGUAGAAAUCACGGACAUUAAUGACAAUGCACCCAGCUUCGGAGAAGCAGAAAUUGAACUCCGAAUGAGCGAGACAACAGUCCUAGGGUCCCAGUUUCCACUUGAUAGACCUCACGACCCCGACUCUGGACAGAAUUCCCUGCAGAGCUACGAGCUGAGCGGCGACGAGCACUUCUCGCUGGCCGUGCAGACGGGCCCUGACGGGGAUCAGCGUCCCGAACUGGUGCUGGCGAAGGCGCUGGACCGGGAGGAGGCGGCGUUCCACGAGCUGGUGCUGAGGGCGAUGGACGGCGGCGAUCCGGCCCGGACGGGCACAGCGCGGAUCCGCGUGACGGUGCUGGACGCGAACGACAACGCGCCCGUGUUCAGCCAGGCGGAGUACACGGUGCGUGUGCCCGAGGACGUGCCCGUGGGUUCCGUCCUCGUCACCGUCACGGCCACCGACGCUGACGAGGGUCUGAAUGGGCACAUAAAAUAUUCAAUGAAGAAAGAGACGAACAUGGCAUCGGAUAUAUUCCAGAUAGAUGAUGAGACAGGAGCAAUCACGCUUGUGCAGAACCUGGACUUCGAGGAAGGCGAUUCCUACGCAUUGAAGGUGCAGGCACAUGAUGGUGGAGCACUUUUCGACACGACAAAAGUUGCGAUCUCCGUGACAGAUGUCAACGAUAAUAAGCCCGAACUGAUAGUAUCGUCGGUGCUGAGUGAGAUCUCCGAGGAUGCCCCGACGGGGACCGUAGUUGCCCUGCUGCACGUACAUGACCGUGACUCGGGUGCCAACGGCGAGGUGCGCUGUUCUCUCGAAGUAGGUGUCCCGUUUCUCCUGGAAAAGUCCUUUGAGGACUACUACCGCGUGGUGACAGCGAGAGAGCUGGACCGGGAGCAGCAGUCGGAGUACAACGUGACGGUGCGGGCAUCCGACGGCGGGUGGCCGGCGCUGCAGAGCAGCAGGGUGCUGGCGCUGCGGGUGCUGGACGUGAACGACAACGCGCCGGUGUUCUCGCAGGAGCGCUACAGCGCGCGGCUGCGGGAGAACAACGCGGCGGGCGCGCUGGUGCUGGUGGUGCGGGCGACGGACGCCGACUGGGGUGGGAACGCGCGUGUGCGGUACCGGCUGGCGGAGGGGCGGGUGCGGGGCGCGCCGCUGUCGUCGUACGUGUCGGUGCAGGCGGAGACGGGCGCGCUGUACGCGCUGCGCUCGUUCGACUACGAGGAAGAGUUGGAGUUGGGACUGGUGCUGAGGGCGAUCGACGGCGGCGAUCCGGCCCGGACGGGCACGGCGCGGAUCCGCGUGACGGUGGUGGACGCGAACGACAACGCGCCCGUGUUCAGCCAGGCGGAGUACACGGUGCGUGUGGCGGAGGAUGUGCCCGUGGGCUCCACCCUCGUCACUGUCACGGCCACUGACCCCGACGAGGGUCUGAACGGGCAUGUCAAAUAUAGUUUUCAUAAAAUUUCGGACAGAGAGUCAGAACUUUUUCACCUAGACUUUGAAUCGGGAGAAGUAACCGUUAAAGACGCUUUGGACUUUGAGGAAAUAUCCUCCCAUGAACUGGAGGUUCAGGCACGUGACGGCGGGGACCUUUCCGACACAAUAAAGGUCGUGAUCACCGUGACAGAUGUUAACGACAACGUACCCGAACUGACAGUAUCAUCAGCGGUGCGCGAGAUCUCAGAGGACUCCCCGUCGGGGACGGUGGUAGCCCUCCUGCACGUGCAGGACCGAGACUCGGGGGCGAACGGAGAGGUGCGCUGCUCCCUCGAUGAGGGUGCCCCUUUCCGCCUGGAGAACUCGCAGGGCAGCUACUACCGCGUGGUGACAGCGAGAGAGCUGGACCGGGAGCAGCAGUCGGAGUACAACGUGACGGUGCGGGCGUCCGACGGCGGGUGGCCGGCGCUGCAGAGCAGCAGGGUGCUGGCGCUGCGGGUGCUGGACGUGAACGACAACGCGCCGGUGUUCUCGCAGGACUGCUGCGACACCCUCCCGGCCCGCCCGCCUCCCGACGAGCCCGCCCCGCUGCUCGGUGACGAGGAUCUUGCUGGUCCCCAGAACGCGGACCCAACCCCUCCCCCGAGAACCCAGCGCCAGUGCAGCCCCCGGCGCAGCUCAAAGGCGGCUGCAGUGCUGCGGCGGCGCCUCCGGGUGUCGCUGUUGGCCGCCGCCGAGCGGCGCUGGAGCCGCAGCCGCCGCCGCCGCAGCGUCCUGCCCCCGCAGGCUGCUCGCUCGCCCGGCCAGUGGCGGCCAGAGCGGCAGCGGCACGGGCAGCAGAGCGUGGCGCUGGCCGUGCUGGCGCGGCUGCGCCGGGCCGGGCCGCCCGCCGUGCUGCGCUGCCUGGGCGCGCAGCGCUUCUCGCUGGCCGGCGCCGCCUUCCCGCCCGACUUCUGCGAGGGCACCUUGCCCUACUCCUACAACCUGUGCGUGGCCGCGCCGCCCCGUACCGCUGCCGAGGCCGCUUGGCCGCCGCUGCCCAUCCUGCCCGCCGAGGAGCUUCUGGCCGGGGAGCCCUGCGACAAGCCGAGCCCGAGCAGCAGCGCCGUCGCGGGAGAGCCGCCCACCGACCCCGAUGCACUGCAGGGCGAGCAUGUCUCGGCAACGCUGCAGUGCCGGGAGGAGGCUGCGGGCGCCGCUGUUGACCGAGAGGAGCGAGAGGAAGGUCGGAGCGCUGCAGCCCCGCCCGCUGCGGACCGGCUCGAUCGCUGGAUUCCUGGCUAG